AUGGUGGAUGUAGAUCCAGUCACACCGCUUAUUCAGAAGAACCAGGCUGAGGGGAAAGGAGAUAAAUCCCCAUCGGGUGCCCCCAUAAAGCCUACUAGCGGGCAUGGCAAGAGGACGACCAGCAGAGAUCGUCCCCUGACCAUCCAAGAUGACUCUAAGAAUAAGGAGGGCAGAACGGCUACAGGCUCCACGCGAAGGAGCAAAUCCCAUCGAAGGGAAGAUUCGGUUGCACAUUCGAGGAGCGUGCAUAAUAAUGAAAACUCCCUUGAUAAUAAGAGGCAGAAAAUCAAGGAGUAUGCUCGAUUGAUUAAGAAACGAGAACAUGAGAUCCGACAGUUAGAACGGAUCCGAGAACACCCCGAGGAUUCUGGACUCUCACGAGGACAUUCUAGAGGAGAUAAAGGGGCUAUGGUAAAGUACAAGGUAGCUCCUUCACACGGAAGGAGUAGGAGUAGAGGUCUUUCUCCAAAGCAAAAGAGGGCUUCUUCUCGAAAAAGAAGAAGUAUGAGUCCAAGCAGGCAAAGGUUUUCUCCACGAAAAUGGAGAAGUAGGAGCCGAAGCUCCUCGCCUAAUGAUGGUACUAGGAAGCACCACAGGGACAAGUAUGAAAGACCUGAAUUCGAUUGGAACGGGGCUGGGGCCCAUAAGACCAAGGAACAAGAAGAUGGGACCAUGUCUGCACGAGAAGCAGCAAGGCAAGCCUUGAGUAACAUAGCGGCUUCCCCCUUUGCAAGGAGGUUACAGGGAUGCACGACUGCCGAGCAGAGUGAAGCACGAUGCGUUCAUCCUUUACGAGACGAAUGCAGACCCCGUUGCUCACAUACAUCAUUACCAUCAGGCUAUGUUCAUGCAUGUUGGGGAUGA